UUUGAAGUUUCCGCAACGCACGUGUCUUAGAAACAUCUCGAAGUCUUUUCGUCAAACUUUUCUUACAUCCGGUGUCUAGCCAAACCCCAUUUGCCCUGAAGUCGUCGACUGAAGAACAUCUCUCGUUGCUGAGCAAGUUGCAUUCUGAAAAUAUAAGUUCUCCAUUAAGUUUUUGAAAAUUUUGAAGAAAUAUCUGAAAGCAAUUUACAAUGGAGUCGAAUGGUAAUGCAAAGCCACAAGAAGUGCCUGUGAUCCAGGAGCAGGAGGAGGAGUUCGCUGAAUCGGCUAUGGAAACUGUCGAGAAAGGUGCAGCUGAGGCUAUGGCUGACGGCGAAGGGGUGGAAGCGGAGGCUCUAGCCGUCCCCAUCGAUCAGCCGAUGAAUGAAUUAGAGGAAGCUAAGGAGAAGAAAACAUUGACAUCCAUAAUUACGCUACCCGAAGCCAAGCGGUUCUGUUCAGCUGAGCAAAAUGCCUCUGGGAUGAAUCCGGAGUUGGUGGUGGCGCUGGUCGAUAGGAACCAAGAGACCGGCACGAUCACCCUCGACCAAUGGCAUCUGGUGGAGGCAUCAUUGAAAGAGGCCCUGACGAAUUUGAUGAGUUUUUCCGGCAUAAAGCCCGCUAGGUUCAAUGAUGCCGGCUGGAAGGCCGGAACGAAGCUCAUCUAUUGCCUCGAUGAUUAUUCUCUUAAGUGGCUCUGCGCUACUGUGGAGGCAGUGCAGCCGCCGUGGCCCAACGCGAAGCUGGCAAUUGUCCACCGGAACUGCCAAUUUCCGCUAGUCAAGCCCAAAGUGAGUCUACCCUUCUCAAUGCCGACGGAGAUAGUCGUGAAUCUGUUCAAGUGGAAGAACGCUAAUACGGUCACCUCCGAGUGGCAGGCGGUCAGCAAGCAGUCCGAGGUCGAUGGGCAAAAAAAGCCGUUGAACAACAAUGAGACUGGUAACAUGAUCUCGUCGAAACAUGGCAACAUGGCCUGGCGUCUGAGCACUGUGUACGUUAAUUUCAAGAAGGAACCGGAAAAGCAAGCCGAGCAGCCGAUGAACGAAGCGGCUGGGCAGACUGCUGUGGAGACUCCAGUCGAAAAUCAGUUGCAAAAUGCAGAGGAAUCUAUCAUGGGCGAUCAUGAUGAAAUUGAGGAACCAGUUAAGCCCAAUCGCGACGACGAUAUGGCUUAACCGGCUGAGCUAUCGUAGGUGCCAGACACUAUCCAUAUUAUCAUCGUAUUCACGGACAGUUAAAACCAUCACAGCUUACCACUACAAAUUAUUAUGAAAUACUUUGUCCCCUGUCUUUCAGUCCUUAAAUAGUUUCAUGAAACAUUUCAAUAAAUGUGAGU